CGGGGCUGCAACCUCGACUGCGACAAUGGCACUCAGUCCACGCAGCCCCUCGAAGCACAAUCAAAUGAUCACACGCUUUAUUAAACAGUCAAAGCCCACGAAGAUCGAUGACGUCAAGGAGCCUCCGACGAAGAAGCAGAAACUCGACGACUCUCCCUCGAAAAGGCGAAGCCCACGCAAGGCUGCGAAGUUUGCAAACCGCGAGGUACCAGAUUUGGAUGCCGAAGACGAUAAUGUCCCGGUUGAAGAGGCCAGCGAACCGCAUAAAACGGACCUGGAGAGCGCAUUGCCACCUGUGAAGAGCGACGAAGAGGCAAUUGAGGAGUAUGAGGCCUUCAAGGCAUCGCAGGAGGAAACGAAGGAGGAGACAGAGGAGCGACUGAAGGGUCGAAACUGGGUCAGAGGGAAGAGCUCUAUAUACGUCGAUGCCUUCAAUCUGGCUUUGGACACUGUCCUCGACGAGGAGAGCCAUCUGUUCGAUGAAGCUGAGGCCGAGGUGUUCAAAGUAUGGAGGGCUCUGAACUAUGAAGCCCAGUAUCUCUACGUGCGAUUCUUUCUACGCAAAACGUCAGCCUGGCAUCGUAUUAAGAACAUCGGCUACCAUAGUGACAUCUCGAAUCUUGAUGCUGCAAUCGCCACACUGCAACGCUCGUAUAAUCUACCUGCGACCUCUUCGCCAGCGGAAGAACACCCCGGUGAGCAGGCAGCGCCCGCAGGCGCAACGCUGGCAUCUUCGUUCACCUUUGCGGAUCGUUCUGAGGCGGAGAUCACAACACUGGAGCAGGCGUCAUCACUAUUGAAGUUAGACGAGCUCAAAAUUUUUGCGAAAGAAGCGAAGGUCCAAGGGAAAAACAAGAAGGAGCUGGUUAACGCUCUGCGACGGACAAGCCGGCGGCAAGUUGGUCUGGGCUUUGUCGGCUUGAAGCGGUCGGACACAGAAAGCUCACGGCGAUCAUCUACGUCUGGAUUGGAAACGCCGGAUAGCGAACCGUCAGAGGAUCUAACAUCCGAUGCGAAUCGUGACUUACAUUUCACGCGCAAAAUCAUGAAUGAGACGGGACCCUGCAUUCGGCUUUCGUUUGCACCGCUCAAGCUCUUCGAGCGUGUUCACCUGGUCUUCUACCGCUCUACUGAAUGGACAGAAAAAUCGUUGACUACUAUCAUUCUGGCAAAGAUUGCACGGCGCAACUUUCCAGAGUAUAUUGUGUCCCGCUCUGCUAACAUUUUCGGGUCGCGCUCGUUACUUCUUGAAUUUGAGGCAUCGAUUCGAACGCAGUUCCGCAUUGACAACAUACUGGAGUUUAAUGGCCGAGUCUCCGAAGCGGGCUAUCAAGACAUCAUUGACAUCUUUGAGGAGGUCUACCCACGCUGGAAAGUUCUUCUGCAAGAAGAACAACGCAAAGAGGAAAACAUAUACCACAGUGGCGAAGGUGCCUAUCUGCGCCGGCUGUCGCCAGCAUGGGUAUACACACGCAUAAUUCACAAAGCCACAACGGUAAUCGCUCGGCGAAAAGAUCACAAGCGUGAACACGAGUUGAUCACAGAGCUUUUACAGCAACGCCUCUUCCACCAUUCUCGGCGUGGGGCGUGGUACCAGCGAAAAGCAUUAUUAGAGGAGCACUACCUGGGCGCACUCACAGAUGCGGAAGGUCGCAGCGAUGAGGCGCAGAAGAAGCACUGGAAGCACAUCGCACUCCAGACUUGCGAAGCAGGAUUGCAGGACAAUCUUGUUCACAUCAUAUACCAUUAUGAUUUGCAGAAGCGAAUUACAAAGCUUGAGAAGAGCCUCAAGACAGUCAAACGAGCGCAACACGAUUUCUCCCACGUGCGCCUAACGAAGCCCAUAGUCGUAACGUUCGAAGGCAUCCGCAUCGAGCGACAAGUUCCGCUCCUGAGACGAAGCGACAGCUCAACGUUUAAUAGCUCUGGCAGACGUGGAGCGAAAACAAUAUGGGUUGACCCGCGAGAAGGCGGCGAAUGCAGCGUAGAGGCCAUGUGUCUUUCGCAUUACCGCAAUGAAGGCUGGAAGGGGUUCCACAGCGAAGGAGGCAUCGUGCGCACAUUGUUCGCAUACCUCUUCUCCGACAUCAUGUUCACAUACGUACCUAAUGUUUUCCAAACGGCGUACCAAACAUGCCCGCUGGAUUUACACACCGACGCGUUCUAUCCGUCCCGCAUCAGCGAGAUCAACGCACGACUGAACGAAAUAUCAAAUGGUGAUGCGCCAGCCAUUAUUCAAGGCGUCCACGACGCGCAUCACGAGCGUCGAACUUGCAUCGUAGGUCUCGACUGGACAUAUGACGUUACAGACCUUGUUGAAAUUGCUGAAUGUUUUGACGGCGAAGCAUUAGCGACCGUGUGCAAGGUCAUGGCACAGGAGUACGGCCAACGAGGAGGCGGCGUGCCUGAUCUCUUUCUGUGGAAGGUAGCCGAUGAAGCCAAAGGGGGAGCAAAGAAAGGCGAGGUCAAGUUUGCGGAAGUGAAAAGCGAGAACGAUCGCUUGAGUGACACGCAGAGGCUCUGGUUACAUGUCUUGUCCGGCGCUGGUGUGCAGGUUGAGCUGUGCGCAGCUGUCGCUAAGGAGGUACGCGCCGUUUGAGACGACCCUUUUUCCUUUAUGUUUGCGUACACAAAUGAUACCCUCUUCGUC